AUGACCAACGUGUUGACCAAUGUGCUGACCAAAGUAAUGACCUAUGUGCUGACCAAUGUGCUGACCAAGGUGCUGACCAAAGUGCUGACCAAUGCCAUGACCAACGUGGUGAUCAAAGUGCUGACCAAUGCCAUGACCAAAGCGGUGACCAACGUGCUGACCAAUGUGCUGACCAAGGUGCUGACCAAUGUGCUGACCAAAGUGCUGACCAAAGUGUUGACCAAGGUGUUGACCAAGCACCUGACCAAAGUGGUGACCAAAGUGUUGACCAAGGUGCUGACCAAUGCCAUGACAUAA